AUGGACGAAGACUAUAACUUCCCCCAAAACCUACUGGAUAGACUCAAGGCGACCCAGCACACUCCAUCACGCAAUCCCACUGCUCGAUACGUCUUCCGUGUGAACCACACUGGGCGCGAUGAUGAUGACAUGAAUGGAUUUGAGGAGGUGGACUCUGAAGAGGAGAUGGAUUCCGAGAAUGAGGAAUCCCGCGAUGAUGAAACCACGCAGACCUUUGACACCCUGCAGCAGGCCAAUGAUGCUGCCCUUGCUUUUUUCGCGAGAAAUUACGAGGAGUAUCUUGAUCAACAGGAUGAUAUGUCCAACUGGUAUGAGGAGGGCACCAGUGAAGAGAUGAUGAAUGAGGUUAUUUGGAGUAUCAGUGCUGAAGGAGAGCUUUCGUUGCGCGCGAAUGAUGCUGAAGAGGGAUUUGAAUGUGAGGUCCGUGUCUCAGCCUCGAGGGUCCGCUGA